CGGCCCCGCGGAGUCACUUGUCGCCAGGGCGCCGCUGCCACCAACAGCGCCAUCACCGCAUGCCGGCGCCUUUGCUGCCACCCCGCUCGCCCCGGGCAGCCGCGCUGGGGGCGCCCACGUCUCCCCCCGAGGCCGCCGGCCGAGGGGCCGAGCCUGAGGCCGAGGCGCCGCCAGCAGAACCCCCCAUGUCAAACGACGGCUGGGUGGGCCCCUGGAGACCCCACCGGCCCCGGGGGCCCCUCUCGGCCGCGUACCGCAACCCCGGGCCCAAGUGCGGGAUCCCCAGCGGCAUCGGUGAGCGCGGGGCCGAGGGGUCCGCGGGGGACCGGAGCCGGGGGGGCCGAGUCCCAUCGGGCCGCUGCCCGGCCCUCAGCAGAGACCUGCGCGACCCCUCCGGCCGCCGCGCCCCCGCCUACAGCUUCGGGAUGAGGCUGGGGGGCCCCGAGGAGCCGCGCUCCCCCGGCCCCCAGUACCUGGUGCCCGCCGGCUUCACCGCCCGGGGCCGGGACCGCGGUCCCGCCUUCACCAUGGGCGGCCGCUUCCACGAGCGGCGGGCCAGCAACACACCUGGGCCAGCGCAUUAUUCCCCCGAGCGGGCCAACAGGGUGACCCUGCCCUCGGCCCCCGCCUGCUCCAUGAGGUCCCGCGGCCGCGGGGACAAACCCCCGCAGACGCCAGGCCCUGCCACCUACCAGCUGCCGCCCGUGGUGGGCCCGCGCCUGGUGAACAAGACAUCGACCCCCCAGUACACCAUGACAGGGCGAGGCCCCAGCAUCUUCGACGACAAGAAAAAGACCCCAGGACCCAACAACUACGGCACCGUGGACACCAACCUGUACAUGGCGCGGGCCCCCCGCUGCACCAUAGUGGGGCGGACCCGCCCGCCCACGACCUCCAAAACGCCCAGCCCCAGCGACUACUACCCCAAGCAGGACCAGAAACAAGGACAGACCUUCGGCGUGCGCCACUCGGAAUGCGUGGUCCCCGUGAUGGACUUGCACCUGUAGGGGAGCGGGGCCGUGGGUGACACUGUCAGCCUGUGACAAACAUGAACUACAGCAGCA